AUGUCAAAGACGACGUGGGAUGAAACCGAUAGAGGAAACUACUAUUGUGGGACACUUGUAUUAUUGCUAGCUUAUUUGGAGUUUAUGAGAAAUGAUAAGAGUGAAAAAAGACAAAUACAUGCACUACAUUUUUGGGAUUAUGAGAUGAUGGUGAAAAGGGAAAAAGUAGAGUUAAAGAGUGGUGACUUUGGAACUUUGGAAUGGAAUGAUGAUGUUAUAGAGAAUGAUGAAGAAUCCGACACCGAUGAAAAUGAAGAUAUGAAACUCGAUGAAUUGGUAUUCAAAGCAAAAAAGAAUUAUAAAAAACUAGUGAAUGACAAAAUGAAGUUUGGAAAGUUAAUUGAGUUUUCAACAACAAAAUUCACAGAAAGCGAUGAGUUGAAAGAUAUGAAGAAAGUCUUUGAACAAGAAUUCAUUUAUAAAAGUAAAAAUGAAGAUGAACCAAAUGAGAUGAAUGAAGAUGAUGCAAAAAGUGACGAGAAUGAAGAUGGAGAAAUGGAUGCGAAUAAGGUGGAUGGGAAUAAGGGUGAUAUACAUAAAGAUACAGAUGUAGAAACUACACCAACAAGAAUAAAAAUAAAGAAUCAACCAAUCAUGGAAGGAGAUGAAAGCAGUGAAGAUGAACAAGAGAAGAAAGAAAGAAAAGAUGAAAAACUUGAUGAAGAAGAAAGUUAUGAUUCAGAAGAAAUAGAAUGUAACAAUAAUAUCUUGGGAAUUGAAGAUCAUCAAGAGGGAAAAAGAGAUGUAGGAAAAAGAUUAAAAAACAAUCACUGA